UGCCUACUGGGGGGAGCUGAGCCAGACUCCUGUUCCGUCUGCAUCCCAAGACAAGGAGGCAAAAGAGAGUACACCAGGAGUCCCCACUGGUGACAUCUCCCAGACUGAGAGUCCGGCUGUGAGUGCCAUGUUGCAUGCCAUCGCUGCCAGCCACCUGCCUGUGUGCAGCCAGCAGCAGGGUGAGCCUGACCUCACAGAGCAUGAGAAGGUGGCCAUCCUGGGCCAGCUGUAUCACCAGAAGCCACUGGUGUUCCUGGAGCGCUUUCGCACAGGCCUCCGGGAAGAGCACCUGGCCUGCUUCGGCCACCUGCGAGGGGACCACCGAGCUGACUUCUACUGUGCCGAGGUGGCCCGACAAGGCACUGCCCGACCCCGAACCCUGCGCACCCGCCUGCGUAACCGGCGUUAUGCUGCCCUGCGUGAGCUCAUCCAAGGAGGUGAGUACUUCAGCGAUGAGCAGAUGCGGUUCCGGGCCCCGCUGCUGUACGAGCAGUACAUAGGGCAGUACCUCACACAGGAAGAGCUCAGUGCCCAGACACCUGCUCCCCAGGCCCCCAGGCCCGGCUCCCCCAGCUCGCCUGCCUACCCACUCUCCGACCUGCUCUUCCAGUCCUACCAGGAACGGGAGCUGCAGCAAAAGCUGCUCCGGCAGCAAGAAGAGGAAGAGGCCUGCUUGGAGGAGGAAGAGGACAGUGACGAGGAAGACCAGAGGUCAGACAAAGACUCGGAGUCCUGGAUGCCCGACUCGGAGGAGAGGCUGAUCCUGCGGGAGGAGUUCACCAGCCGCAUGCACCAACGGUUUCUGGAUGGCAAAGAUGGGGGCUUUGACUACAGCACGGUGGAUGACAACCCUGACUUUGACAACCUGGACAUCGUGGCACGGGAUGAAGAAGAGCGAUACUUUGAUGAAGAGGAGCCCGAAGAUGUGCCCAGCCCAGAGCUAGAUGGGGACUGAUGGCUCCCAUCCUUCCAGCCAGUGACACACUUUGCCCGUCUAUCACAGGCUGUCUUAGUGAUUCAGGGGCCAGCAGGGCAGGCCCCUAGGCCUGGCACGUCUCAGACAAUGUCCCCACUUCUGUUCAUGGGAUUCCCACUCUUCUCCCUGGAAACAUCAUUGCCCCCGUCUCCUCCGCCCCACCUCUGCCUUUUCUCUUUGUGACAGGGUCUUGCUGUGUAGUGCUAGCUAGCCUGUUAGCUGCUGUCUGGCCUGAAGCUCAGUCUUCCCUCCUGGCCUCCCACAGGCCAAUCCCGCCUGACCUCCCAGUGUUGCUCUUACUACCUGGCUCUCCUCACAUCACUGCCCGCUCCUCUAGUUUCCUAGGUCCCUAACUUCUGUGCAUCCAGCCUUCUGCCCACAGCAGAGCUCUGAACGACCGCCUGGUGGCUGCAGCUGUCAUACAUCAGGCUACACCUGAUCCCCAGUACAGCUCUGGGCUUCUCCAUUUCCCUCCCUGUGUCCUACACUGGUCAUCUCUGCUGCCACUGAGACCCCAUCUCUCCUGCACCUCACUCUUCAGGCCUCCUGGUUCCUUCUGCAUCUCUAUUUCUGUUUCUCUCCAGGCCUCUGGCUGGCUGCCUGUCCCUCUGUCUCAGCCUUUAUGGCUCUGCUUCUGUAUGUCCGUACCCCGUCUCCCCGGGCAUCACAGUUAGGGGCAGCAGAAGCCUAGGUGCCCCAUAAUGAGACUUCCCUGUGGGUGGGGGGUCGGGAGCCCAGGGGGCACCCUGGCUCAGUAUGCUGGCAGAGGCAGAGCUGGGGACCACAGGGCCAGCUCGAGUGUAGAAAGAAUUUGAAGGGGACUGUCCCCUACCAACCCCCUUUCCCAGCCACAAUUUUCCUUUUCUUCACUUCCUCCCUCUCCUGUUUACACUCUCCAAAUACGCAUAGGCUGUUAUCAUGGGUCUUGAGUCAUCUCUCGCUCACACACACACACACACACACACACACACACACACACACACACACACACACAC